CAGCAGCAACUGCGUUUCACUUUUUCUGUACCCAAUCAAUUCUACAUUAACAUCCACCUCGGCUGGAUUUAACUAAAGAAAGAAAAGAAUUUAGGAGGAAAGAUGAAGAGUUAUUCAAGAGUACGGAUUUUAUCGGUUUGGGUGGUGCUUGUGGGGGGUCUUCACAAUGUUUCAGGUCACGGAAGAAUGUUAGAUCCUCCAUCCAGGUCCUCCAUGUGGCGAUUAGGUUUCCAAACGCCCAGGAAUUACGACGAUAACGGCCUUAAUUGCGGUGGGAGAUCGGUCCAGCACAACAGCAUUAAUAAGGGCCGUUGUGGUGAAUGUGGAGACGAAUGGAGUCUGCCCCGGCCGAGAUCAAACGACGAAGGUGGCCUUUAUGGAACUGGCACGAUCGGCCAAACUUACAAAACAGGCUCGUACGUCCGGGUGUCGGUGGAAUUAACGUCCAGUCAUUUGGGUUAUUUCGAAUUUCGACUUUGCCCGAAACGGUCAGCUGCGGAAUUAGUGACGCAAGAAUGUCUCGACAAUUAUUUACUUCGUUUAUCCGACGGAUCAACUCGUUAUCAGGUGCCGGAUUACACGGCCACUUGGCACGAUAUGAUCGUUAAGUUACCCGAUGGGUUAACGUGCGAUCAUUGCGUCAUGCAAUGGUAUUACACGACCGGCAAUAGUCCGGGCCUUUGUGGAGAUGGAACAAAUUCAGUGGAUUGCUAUCAAGAGUCAUUUGUUAAUUGCGCUGAUGUGGCCGUUAUCGCAUAACUGUCACCUGUAAUUCAAUUUCAUUACUUGAACUCGUUCCAAUAAAUCAGUCAUUUCGGUU